AUGGAAGUUUCAUCUAUACAAAUCAAUGUUGAUGAUGAAGAACAAUCUCUAAAUGAUCCAAGUGGAGAAUUGAUUGAAAUUGAUGAUGAAGUCGUUAAGGUUGACGGUAAUCCUAUAUUUGAAUCAGAAGCAAUGAUGAAGAUGAUGAGUUUGAUGAAAUUGAGAGUGGUAGUGAAUAAAUUAAGUACCUGUUCAAGCAAAAUGAGAGGGAAGGGUUGUAAAGGAGGUUCAAGUUACAGAGGUUCAUCCGAUAGUUUACAUUCGAUAGCACUUGAUGCUCCAGCUCAAGUUACUUCUGCACCGAAUGUAUUGUCACAACCAUUACCUCCAUUUGUUGCUAAUGCUUGUGCGGGAUCAUCAUCAUCUUCUGCUUCUACUCCUUGUGCUAGUGGAGGGGUUACCCCUAAUGGCGAGCCUACUAUGCAUGCUAGAGAUACCCCGACAUCAUCCAUGGAUUGCUUGCCCCUUACUAUUGAUGAGUCAAGAAGACCACGCAUAAAGCUAGUUAAUGGAAUGUUGCAUCCCUCAUAUGUCUGUGCUCGAAAAAUUACAUUCAUCUUUAAGGAAAGAAUGGAUGAGAAUGGAUACAGUUGGAAGAAUAUCUCUAAGGAGACAAAAAACUUCUAUUGGAAUGAAUUUCAGGUAGAUUAA